AAAAGAUGAAGAUCCUCGCCUUUGUUUUGUUACUGGGGUUAUCACUAGCCUUCGACCUGAACGAUCCCAAGACCAAUUUGGACAGCUUCAUCAGGACGUUUGCGACAACGGAAACGGAUGUGGAAACUGUAACGUACAUCAAUGGAACGGUCUUCAUCCGAAUUCCAGGCGGUUCCCUGAAGAAAGUUCUCCUAAUGGAUGGAUACAAUAUAGGACGAAGAGAGAAAACCUCGACUGGAUAUGUAUCCUUAUCGAAAGAGUUUGUGGCUUAUCGAGACUACAAAACAGGGGAAAUAAUUGAUGUUUUGAUUAAUCCAUUAACGAACGUUCCAAAUGAAGUGUUCUUUAUCACCAACGAUCCGGUCAACGAGAACUUUACGUAUGGGAAACUCAUUCCGUUCACACGACUGAAAAACGACAGAGUUACGUUCAGCAACGACAUUUUCUUGGAAUAUGAAAACGUACUCGAUCCACAGCAUUACGGCAAAUUUUCAGCCGGACCGUUAUUUGUUGGGAACGAACUUUUCCAAUUCCAUACACGUUACAGCGAUUUAGCUACGACUUCGAUCCCAAAUUUAAACGUAACAAUCUCCUGGUCAAGACGUUCACCGUUUCUACCUUGGUUCGAGAUGGGGGAAACGGAUGGUCACCUGUACUACGUUUCCACCAGUUGGAAAUGUGUGAAAGGUUUCGGCGAUAUCCCAGAUGAUAUCAUGAACAUCGUUAGAAGAAAGUACCCAAAGUUCUUAGAAGCUCCGAAGACGUAUGAAGUCCCAAACGAAACUUCGUAUUCUUCAUUUAAGGCCGUUAUUGAUCAAAGGCGGAAGGAAGGCAAACCCGACAUCAUCAUACCGGAAGUGGGAAUUCGCGCCAAUCUCAGAUUGAAGCCAACGGGGUUAGAUCCAAAAGUGUAUGAAAGUUUAGCCAAACUGAAAAGUUUCCGAGUUGGAUUCAGUGGAACUGUCUAUUCCCAAAUAAAAGGUCAAGGGUCGAUCACACUUUUUAACGUGAAGGGCGAGGUCACGAGUAAAAUGCGGUUUACACCAGACGGACUCAAAACUACUGUUCACUUCAGUGGACACUUCCGCGAUCCCGGAACUGGUGAAAUAUUGAAACGCUGGAUAAAUCCUUUGACUCAUCGUAAAAACAUUGUGCCACCUCUGAUAGGGAAAUACACUCAUACGUUAAUAAAGGGAGACGACUCAUUUUGGUCCCAUUCGAUUCCUUAUCUUGAUGAAACGUCAGUUGAAGGGGCGAUUUCGUUCUCACAAUACAACAAGAAUACCAAGUUGGAGGAUUGGAGCGUUCACACAUUGGACGUCUACUUCACAGACGCAGAUCUAAAGGCGGGAAAUCCGUACAUGUAUGGCGCCUGGUAUGUAUACUCCUCGUGGCCAGAGUGGAUGGAAAUGGCCGGCGCUGAGGGUAUACUAAUUUGGAGAAUUAAUAUAGAAAUACUUCGAUAAUGUUGAAACCUACAGUCAAACUUGUAAGAGAGGCCACCCGUACUCAGCGUGAACAAAAUCGGCCCAAAAUAUCUAACAUUUUUUUAUGGCGGUGAAUCACGCGGGUGUAAAACGGCUACACGCACGAUUCUGAAAUUCGCCGCGAUCGGGAGAUAAAAUGCACUCGCCUAACCCCAGCAUAAAAGUAAUUAUCUAUCAAAAGGUAAAAUAUUACAAAAUGUAUUUAACUUUUAUUUCAUUAUGAUUGUAACAAACAAAAUUAAAAUAAAAUGGAGUCAAUCUUUUCUGAUUUCUCAUUUGCAUAAUCGUACUGCCCCGUACCAAUUUAACUAUAACACAGAAUCAGUAACUUUUUCAACUGUAAGACGUUUUAUUCAGAUGUGUUUGAUGAACACAAUAAAAGCCAAGUUGGAAAAAAAUACUAAUCUUAAUCAGGGUUAAAGACUGAAAUAUCUAGAUACUUUUCUGAUAGAGCCAUCAUGGUUUUAGUCUGGCUUAUCCAAACACUUUCAAGGUUAAAAGACUGGUAUAUCCAGACACCAAUCUGACGAGGCAUCCUGGUUAUAGCCUGGCAUAUCCAGACCUUUUUCCAAUUUUGUUGUUAGACUGGUACAUCCAUACAUUUAUUUGUUGAGGAACAAUAUAGCCUGUCAUAUCCAGACACUUAUAUGAUUAAGUUAUAAGACUGGCAUAUCCAGACACUGAUCGGACGCCACAGUUUGAGUAUUACUAGUAACUGAAAUAGAUUCUAAAACAGAUCCUGAUUGGUCUAAAACAGUCACCUGAUUGGUUGAACCGAGUUGCUGUAUGUCCGAUAACGGCAUACUGUGAUUAGACGUUGAAACAUUAGCCACAUGGAUUCUAUCCAUGCCUAACAUUGAGUUUUCUUGAUCCUCGGUCUCUAAAUCGUCUAAAGCUAUCGUCUGUAAAGCAGAGGACUCCGAUUGACCCUGGGCACCCAAAAUUGUGGAAGGGUCUUUACCAUCUUGUAAUGCUACUUUGCCUAAUAAAUCUAAGUUAUACGAAGACCGAUUUUGAGACUGACUCGAAUUUUUCUGCCCUAAGUCCAACAUUUCAUUCUUGUUGGGUUCAUCCUCGUCAACAGUCAGAUCAUCUGUGGGCGCUGGAGAAGACGCCCCACUGUUUAUGACGUACUGAUCCGAAACCUCGAUACUUUCAUAACGCACAGUCUGUAACCUCCAAAAUCCAUCAUCGUGAAGUUUG